GGUUUGAUUGGGAAACUACUUAUUCUAAACCAUAACCGUUUCCGUUUCCACUUCAAAACGGCCAAUCCUCAAUUCUAUUUGACCCUUUUUAAUUAAACUCACAUUACAUUCCUUCCAAUUUUCUAUGUCAACUCUAUGUUUCUUUCAUUCAUCUUCUCUUUCUCUCUAAACAGAGUUUUGGUUUGGAAUGGAGAACCCCACCUCCUGAUCCGACCUUCGCACCCCUCAAUCUGAUUAAUUAUUUCAUUCGCACGAAACAACUUAUUUAUUUAUUUAUUUAUUAUUUUUGUUUUCUGGGCACGUUUUUUUCUCUCUCCAUCUCUUUCCUACACCUACCUCCAACCUACACCCAGGGAGAGAACACAUCGUGAUCCAUUCGUUUUUUGCUUUCAAAUUUUGUAUUUAAUUCAUCUAGCAAAUUCAUUUAUCUUUCUGCUCAUUGAAUUCGGAAACAAUAUUUAAAAAGCCGAAAAGGGACCAAUUGAAUGUUGAGCCGCGUCAUUUGAGUUGAACGAGUUUAAAUUGUAUGAUUAAGAGACUGAAGUAUUGUGAUAUUUGGUAUAGAAAAAUAGUGAAAGAAGGUAUUAGAAACAUUAGGAUGAAAGGAAUGCCGAGAAGUAGAGACAAGGAUGACAGUGAGAAGCACAUGGGUUUACUUAAACUCGUGCAAAUUCUCUCAUUUUUGGUUGUUUUCGUAGCUGGUGUGGUUUUCGGAUUAGUAACUACCUCGCAUUUCAGUCAGCAUGUUGUUUCAAAGGCAGAGAUUUAUUCUUUUAUCAAUCAUUUCUCUGCUGAUGCUCCUGAGGCUGUUAAGAAUGGUAACUGUACUGUUGUGAAGGAUUGUAACAAGGUUGAGGAUUGUUUGAGCAUGAAUUCGUUUGUUAGACCGAAGAACAUAACACAUUAUAUGUCCGAUGAUGAGCUAUUUUGGAGAGCUUCAAUGGUGCCAACCAAAGAAGAGUUUCCCUACAAUAGAGUUCCUAAAGUGGCAUUUAUGUUUUUGACAAGAGGGCCAUUGCCAUUGCUGCCAUUGUGGGAGAAAUUUUUUCAGGGGCAUGAGAAACUUUUCUCAAUUUAUGUUCAUGCUGUUCCUGGUUUUAAGCUCAAUGUUUCUAGUACAUCUCCCUUUUAUGGACGAGAAAUUCCAAGUCAGAAAGUUCAUUGGGGAACAGUAACACUGGCUGAUGCAGAGAAGCGUCUUUUAGCCAAUGCCUUGCUUGAUUUCUCAAAUGAGCGGUUUGUUCUUGUUUCUGAAAGUUGCAUCCCUGUCUAUAACUUCUCAACUGUCUACAAAUAUCUAACUCGGUCAGCUCAUAGCUUUGUUGAGUCCUAUGAUGAGCCUACCCGUUAUGGACGUGGUCGUUAUAGCCGCAGAAUGCUUCCUGAUAUUAAACUCUAUCAAUGGCGAAAAGGGUCUCAAUGGUUUGAACUUAAUCGUGCUCUAGCUGUAUAUAUCGUCUCAGAUACCAAGUACUAUACCCUUUUCAAGAAAUAUUGUUUGCCUGCUUGUUAUCCUGAUGAGCAUUACUUACCAACUUUUAUCAACAUGUUUCAUGGCUCACUGAAUUCUAAUCGUACUGUGACCUGGGUUGACUGGUCAAUUGGAGGCCCUCACCCGGUAACAUAUGGAGAGGCUAAUAUAACCAAAGAAUUUAUACAAUCGAUAAGGAGUAAGGGAACACCCUGCCAAUACAAUUUGGGGACAACAUCUAUUUGUUAUUUGUUUGCUAGAAAGUUUGCUCCAAGUGCUUUGGAGCCUUUGCUCAACCUCUCUUCCUCAGUGAUGGGAUUUUGAAAAAUUUUGGUUCACACCAGUAACCUUGUUAGUUUUGUUCAACCCUAAGAUCCUUAGAUUUUGGCAGGGUUUUAUUGUCUAGUUCUAAUCAUUAGCAGUGUUCUUCUGGUGAUAUUUGUUUCCCAGAAAUGUACAGGUGAUAGGUUUAUUUUUAUUUUUAUUUUCAUACAGAAUUUUGUUUUAUCCAUCACGUAGAGAAUCUGCUAUUCUUGCAUGGAUUUUGAGAAGAGAAAUCGGAAUGUCCUUCGAAGGAGGACAGCUUAUAUUGGAAUAUAAUUUUCUGUUACUUUAAUAAUCCAUCUACCAUAUUUAUUGAAUUCUACAAUUUUUGGAAGGCA